AUGAUGCUGGGCCCUGAGGCGGUGAGCUUGGAUGAGAGCGACGUCCACCGUCACCAGUUUGUGGAAGGGGCGGACACGUUGCGAGACCGCGAAGCUAAUUCCGUGGUGCUCUUGGGUGCCUGGGAGUGUCAACAGCGUAUGGUCUCCGAUCUGUCUGCGUCCGAGUGUCAGGGGCUUGGUCUCUUGGAGGCCGAGUAUGUCGAUGCGGUAGCGGUGGAGGUCUUGAGGAAGCGUGCCGUGCUGCUUGCGUUGGGAGCCGCGGUUGUGUCGGCCGGCCGCAGUGGAGGAUCGAGGUCGAUCACCCGCGACCUCUCCGAAACGUUCAACGAUAUGCCGGGCCCCGAGCCCGCCUGCGACGCGGAUGACGGUGCGACCGAGGGCUUCAAACCCUCGGUGACGGUGGGAGGGGCAACCUCCAAGCCGGUUGGCACUCGUCCUCCCCCCAACGGCGAUACUCUGGCGGCCAACAAGGUUCUAGGCCGAUGUCUGGAGCUGAUGAAGACCAAAUGUGAGUGGAUGCAGUUGUUCUCCCCGAAGCAGGUCCGCCAAGCCAUCUGGAUGGACCUCGGAGGGGCUUUGGCAGCGCCGAUCAACUCAACGAGCACUCGGCAGCUCGCUCAGAACACUGUGGACCUCCUGCAUGCAAUGGGGUGCGAGCCCCAGAUUCUCUCGACGGAGGCUGCACUCGCGUGCUGGACGCCAACCACCGCCGCCAUGGCGCUUACCAAGUGGAGGAAGAAGUUACGUGAGGCCUUUGGGGUGGCAGACCGAGGCUCAACGAAGCUUCGUUCGGCCCCGGAAGCGGUUGACCCCUCCAAGGUCCCGCUACCAGCGACCCCUCGGAAGGCAGCCACGGAUGACGGAGUCUUCGCAGUCAAGGGCGAGGCUUCGCCUUACAUGCAAGACUCGCACAUGGUAACCCCACGAUCUACGGACCGAACUAAACGUCUGGCUAGGGAGACCGAGGUCGGCGACCUGCCAAGCGAAUGGGCCCGUCAGGUGCGCGAACGGAGCGCGACUGACAAUCAUAGCUCAACCCCGAAGCUCGAGAUUACCACGCAUCUACCUCUCUGCAACAUCAUGUCGUUCUACGGUGUGCGCGACAAGAGCGAACACUCCAUGCAGUGGCUUCGUACGUUCGUCUACGAGAUGAGGGGGACACAUGCACCGCCCAACGAGUGGUGCAUGCCGUUCGAACUCAAGCUCAGAGAUGGGGCUUUGUAUUGGUGCCGCCAGCUUCCACGCAAGACGAGACGCACGUGGAAACUGCUGUGCGAUGCAUUCAUUAAGUACUACUGCUCGAAGUUCUCCCAGUCUGCAAAGGCUCGGUACUACUCGGUCAAACGAGAGAACAAAGAGCAGGUAUGUGACUACCUCAACCGGCUCAACGGCUACGCUCGCAACGCCGGGGACCACGUCGAACACUUCUUGGUUACGUGUGACGACCGAGAUUUAGAAGAGCGUCUGUGUCAUGUCACGGUCAAGGGCAUUCAUGACCUCGAAGACAUGAUUAAUGACAUUCUGCGUCACCGCGACCGCAAGUCAACUCGCGAAUCGUCGCUACACCGUUCUCGGAGUCAAGAUGCCACUCGCCGUCGCGACACAAGGUCGAACGAUGAUUAUCGUAGUGGCUACCACCGCGAACGACGUUACCGUGACGACGUCCGCCGCCGUGACCGACGUGACGGGUCCCCGCGCCGGUCGAGUGUGACUGUGGUCGACACACUUGCCGAUGUGAUGGCGGAAUGGAACAUCGGAGGCUCGGUCGGUGCACGCAACGAGGCUUCGUACGCCCCCCGACGUGAUGCUGAGGCGAACGAGGAUUACUUCGAGGACGAGCGCCAGUGCUCGGAUGACCAACGCUCGGACGAGGAUUCAGACGCCGAUUACGACUCGGACGAGUCUACUCGACAUGUCGCUGCCGCUAACGACGCUGAGCGCAGGGCCGCAGCCGAUGGAACGUUCGCCCGGUCUGACAACCGACGCUUCAGGAACGGAGGAGGCCCGUCCAACCGCGAACGAGAUGGCCGUCGCCAGUGUGGGCCGUGUGCCGCGUGCGGAAGCUCGUCCCACUCCGUGCACUUCUGCUACCGGCGGUGCAAACUGUGCAAACAGGUGCACGACGCUGGGAAGUGCGAAGCACUCCUCGAGCUCACCAAGCUCCUGAAGUCCAACGUCGACAAGAAGGAUCUGUCGCCAGAGCUGCAAAGCCUGUUAGCUGAGCCUGCUGUUGAUGCGGACUAUCUGUUCGCGUUCAAAGGCGAAAGCAAACCGCCUGACGACCUGAAGAACAAUGAUCGUGUGAAACCGACGGGAAAUGGAGAGAACCGAGACGCAAGUCUCGUUGAGACCGGUAUUGAUGAAGAUGAUGAUGAUGAACGUGAUGGACACCCGACCGAGGCUUUGAUUACAAGUCUAGCCCAGGCCAGGGGACCACCUCGGAGCCUCGUUCGGGCGGUGCAAUUACUGCCCGGUGAGAGACUGGGGUGGUGGUCGUCCCAGCGAUACGACGAGAGGAAGCGAAUGAGAGCUUUGGUCAAUGGCGCCGUGGACGACGCGCGAACGAGGCUACUCCUUGAUACUGGAGCGAAUGUUAGCGUGAUUUCUGCCAGCUUCGCCAAGCGGCUACGUGUACGGGAAGUCCGGGACAACGGACGAAGUCUCGAAGUCCGCGGCAUCAACCCGGGGGUGAUGGAGACCCGGCGACGGGCGCUCGUCAAGAUCACUCUCGGGUGGGAACAGGCUUACGAGUUCGAAAUGUGGAUAAUAGACCACAGUGCCGGAGUGGAUGUGGUCCUUGGGAUGGACUUUAUGAUCCCGGCUGGAAUCCGGCACGAUCUGUUCCAUGGCACCGCACGCCUUCCAGACGAGGUCAUGGUACCACUGCUGAAGUCGCAGAGUGUUGGGGAUGACGAACCUUACGGCACGCAGCCUUCGUGUGGGCCCACCGAGGAUUUAUACGUCCCCGGUCGCGAGUGGCGAGAGUUUCGACUGCCGCGCCAGCGGCUACCUCGUUCGGAGUACGAUGUGUGGGUACGGCGCACGGGAAAGCUUGUGCCGACCUGUGCCAAGCACGACUCCGUGGUGCUCUGGGUACCGCAUGGUGAACUACCACGAGAUACCGGCUACGCGAGGUUGGACUCUAACAAGUACAAGGAGUGGCAGGUGCUGGCAUACUCAACGAGCCGUGACGAGACUCUCAAAUCUUACGGAGACCGCUCGACGCUACAAUAUGGCCGAGAGGUCAUCUUCAAGGUCGUCCUAACGACGAUAAUUCUUCGCUCGGUAUAUCGGAUCAUGCCAACGACCCCAGGGUCUCCCAAGGCUCGGUCAAGGUUACUGAGCCUGGUGCAGACGACACAGAACGUGACGGUAUAUCCAACGACGGUUCGGACGACGAGGCGAGCGCACGGACCGACUCCGACGCACUGGAAGGGUCGUCGCUUCACCGAGCGGUCUAUGCAUCCAAGCGCACCGAUCAUAACGACCGAGGUUAGUACCGAUGGAGAAAAUUGUGUCGAUGGCCCGGACAAAGAGGACCCUGAAAGACUAUUGGAGGCGAAUUACACCUCGGUCGUACAUGCGAUGGUCGCGGAAGGGUUCCCGGAGGUUGAUGACACCGCGAACGAGAUUAAUCUCAGCGACUACGCGCAGGAUGGUGAGCUGGCAAAGGUUUGGAAGUGGAACGGACCUGAGAUGACGGACUUAAGCGCAGACGAACACCGUUCGAUUGUUCGUUUGGGUGAUGACCUGCACGAGUGGCGAACGCAGCACGAUGGUUACCCAGCUCGCGAUGGCAGACGAAUGAAGCUACUGGAAACGAUGAUUGAACUGCCUGCGAGGGCUAUCCAGCUCGCAGCGACAGACGAAGGAAAUUACUGGAAUUUGCAUAUUACAUGUGAUGUGGAUGAGUCACGAAGGAGUGGCAUGUCGGAAUGCACCCCAGCAGAUGAAACGAACAAGGAUGAGGCUCAGGGAAGGGUGACCGAGGCUUCGAGUGCCGAUAUUAACGUGGAAGAAGGUCGCGCCUGUGCGCCGGACCUCGACUUGCGACGAUGUAUGGAUUUGAUGAUGAAGUGGAGAUACGAGUGGAUCUGGGACCGCUACGCCCGACAACUACGUUUCGUUCAAGGCGGUGGUGCCUGA